UAAAGCUUUCAGAUGAUUAAAAAGUGAAGUUGGAAAGAAGGAAUUAAAAAAUAAAUUAAGGAUAAAUUAAUAAGUUCCGAGUGCAAUAUGAGCGUCGUUCAGAAGCAAAUAAACGUUUCGGAUGAAAUAGAUAAUGUUUGUGAAGAUUUAGAGCUUAAAUUAAAGAAUACAAUAACACCUGACGAUGUUCUUAAGCUAGCAAAAAUUACUGAUGGAUUUUUGUGCUCCAACACGAACGAAUAUCAAAUUGAAUUUACGAGAUUUAAGAUACGUGAUUUAGAAACGGAUACUGUGCUGUUUGAUAUCAGUAAAGAUCCAAAUGUAUCCGAGAAUAAUGAUACAACGGAUGAUAAUAAGCAAGAAACAACAGAAGAUUCAGGCCGAUUUGUUCGAUAUCUAUUCUCAUCGUCAUUCCUUAAAUUAAAGCAUGUUGGGGCAACGGUGGAAUUUCAAGUAGGCAGCAAGGACGUGAAAAACUUUCGAAUGAUUGAGCGACACUUCUUUAAGGAUCGCGUUCUUAAAACAUUUGACUUUAAUUUUGGAUAUUGUAUACCGAAUUCAAGGAAUACAUGCGAACACAUUUACGAAUUUCCAAAAUUACCGCAAGAUCUUAUUGACCAAAUGAUUGCGAAUCCAUUUGAAACGAGGAGUGACUCAUUCUAUUUUGUUGAUAAUAAACUUGUUUUGCACAACAAAGCUGACUAUUCUUACAAUGGUUAAAUCGUAUCAAGCGUCAAUUGCUGUCUGAUGAAAUGGAAAAAUAUCUUUUAUCAUUCCUCUAUUGAGCAUUAUUACUAUUAUAAGAUGAAACGUGUUGAAAAUUAGAUAUCAUCGAUUGUCGAUGACUGU